UCAUUAACAUCCAGGUACCUAGUUGUAACUGAGGCUUAAAGGAACAUGACAAGUAUUUCCCAGUCUUCUGUCCUACUCAACAGUCCUGAUGGAUUAGCAGAACUAGCAGGAAACACUUUGUUACACAGAAUAAGAAACUAAUAUUUGCUCUCCCUUCAACCCAGAAUGGACCCAUUGAAAGUAAAUCUGACCCAAUUCCAUAAAAUGAUUUUAUGGUGUCAAAGGUCAAACUUCUGAAGGGCACCAGCGGGUGGGUCCAAAUUCAGACUGUAUAAAUUCCCCAGGGUACAGCCAGUCUCUCAACAUACAGCUGGAAAGCUGUAUUACCUUUGGUGCUGAAGCUCAAACGGUAAGCGCUUCUCUAGGAAAAUUUACCUUCCCACUAUAUUUGCUCUUGCUUGUGCCUAAACUUAAAAAAAAUAAUUAUUAUUGUCUUAUGCUUGGUAUCUUUAAGGUCAGAAUAUUUGCAUGAUAUUCUCUACAAAAACUUCUCACCCGUGUGUAUGUAUUCUGCUCUGUUUUAUUAUGUGUAAAAACUAUGUGUUGGUUUUCAGGAGAUUUCUAAAACAGUUAUUCUUUGUGCUUAAAAUAUGUUUUUAUUUCAGAGCACCUUAUUGUAUUGUUCAGUAUCUUUUAAAUUUGAUUUUUUGCAGUUUGCUUGAUUGACUUCCAGUUCAACAGAAUGCACAGAGAGCAACACUGUGGCAUUCAGUGAUUUUUUAGGGUUAUUUUAGUGUGAAAUUUCUCUAACAGUUUAAUUCCUGCAAAAUACAGCUGCUGAACUCUACACAAGAUCAAAACGUGUAGGUGUAUAAACUUAUAUUCUUACAAUAAUCUAUAAAUGUUAAUUUGUUUACAGAAAAGAAUGUGAGAGAAAUAUGUGGACGUGUGUGUUUAUUCACAUGCAUGGUCACUAAAAACCUCGGUGGGGUUUAAUAUGACAAAGACAAACUUCAGGCUCCAGCAUUAAGCACCUAUAUAAGAGGCUGGAUUCUGGAAGACAAAUAACCUUAGCAAUUUCUAUAAAUUACAGGAAGAAAACUAGGUUCAUGCUGACCUCAAAAGCUGUGCUUUAUAUAAGCAUACUGGCUAUACAGGACUUGUACAGCCUGGCACUUUAUAGUAGUUAAAGACAGAAACAAAUAUAAAGAUUCUACUGCUUUACACAACUAUUCAUUUGACAGUGCUGUAUUAUAGUUGCUAAUUUAUCAUGUCUGCAUUCCUUUUCUGUCUGAAUGUCACUAACAAAAUUUAACUCCUCAGAAAGGUUAUAGUACAGGAUAUAUACAUAUAGCUUGCUUUUUUCAAGUAUGUCUGAAAGCACGAUAGGGUGGAAUUGAAUAUUCAUAUAUAUGAAUUAUGUGCAUCAGUCUCUCUUCUAGACUUAGACAAAUUAUAUUCCCUAUCUAUUCUUCCAUUACUAAAACAAGAGUAGAAAUGCAAGCCUUUAAAGAUCCACUGGCAGUAGGUGCAAUGGAACAAGUAGAUAUUUUUCUUCACUUAUUUAUUUUUAGAAUAUAAAAACAGUCAGCGAGCCUCUGCUUUCACAUUUAUCUGUCCAAACCUACUGAAAUUUGCACUUCGAAUUUCCAGCUUUGCAAGUCUAUCAAACAGGUCAUAUUUUCUUGUUUUGAUCAGAGGAAUUCUAUCUUUCACUGAAUGAAAAUAUGUACAAACAAUUGUUGUUUGACUGCUUUUAAAAGGUAAACAAACUAUAUAUGGAACUAAGACUUCUGAGAAAAUUUACUGCUAAAAAGGCAACUGAAUGCAAAUGCAAAAAGAAAUAGAUUUAUGAAUACAGUUUUGAACAUGCAGGAGAGGUAGGUAUGGCAAUAGGCAUGUUAACAAAGAAUGACUUUAAAACUAUUUGUUUUUUUAUUGAAUGGCCUAAAAACUACCGGUACUUCAAAAGGGGUGGCUCACUACAGAAAAUCCUGCAUCGCACUGUGUUUGUAUAGCAUUCCAUCAUUACAUUGUCACUGUGCUUCUGCUGUUUGCUCUAGACAACACGGAUUUCACAAUGGGCUCCAUCGGUGCAGCAAGCACGGAAUUUUGUUUUGAUGUCUUCAGGGAGCUGAAAGUCCAGCAUGUCAAUGAGAACAUCUUCUACUCCCCCUUGAGCAUCAUUUCAGCUCUGGCCAUGGUCUACCUAGGUGCAAGAGACAACACCAGGGCCCAGAUAGAUAAGGUUGUUCACUUCGAUAAAAUCCCAGGAUUUGGAGAGAGUAUGGAAUCUCAGUGUGGCACAUCUGUAAGUGUCCAUUCUUCACUUAGAGACAUACUCACCGAAAUCACCAAACCAAGCGACAAUUUUUCGCUCAGCUUUGCCAGUAGACUUUAUGCUGAAGAGACAUACACAAUCCUGCCGGAAUACUUGCAAUGUGUGAAGGAACUGUAUAAAGGAGGCUUGGAGUCUAUCAGCUUCCAAACAGCUGCAGAUCAAGCCAGAGAGCUCAUCAAUUCCUGGGUUGAAAGUCAAACAAAUGGAAUCAUCAAAAAUAUCCUUCAGCCAAGCUCUGUGGAUUCCCAGACUACAAUGGUCCUGGUUAAUGCCAUUUACUUCAAAGGAAUGUGGGAGAAAGCAUUUAAGGAUGAAGACACUCAAACCAUGCCUUUCAGAAUGACCGAGCAAGAAAGCAAACCUGUGCAGAUGAUGUACCAGGUUGGUUCAUUUAAAGUGGCCACGGUGACUUCUGAGAAAGUGAAGAUCCUGGAGCUUCCAUUUGCCAGUGGAAUGAUGAGCAUGUGCGUGCUGUUGCCUGAUGAAGUCUCUGGCCUGGAGCAGCUUGAGACUACAAUCAGCUUUGAAAAACUGACAGAAUGGACCAGUUCUACUAUGAUGGAAGAGAGGAGGAUGAAAGUGUACCUCCCCCGCAUGAAGAUGGAGGAGAAAUAUAACCUCACAUCUGUCUUCAUGGCCUUGGGUAUGACUGACCUGUUCAGCUCAUCAGCGAAUAUGUCUGGCAUCUCUUCAACAGUAAGCUUAAAGAUGUCUGAGGCUGUCCAUGCAGCAUGUGUGGAAAUCUUUGAAGCAGGCAGAGAUGUGGUAGGCUCAGCAGAAGCUGGGAUGGAUGUUACAAGCGUCUCCGAAGAAUUUAGGGCUGACCACCCAUUCCUCUUCUUCAUCAAGCACAACCCAACCAACAGCAUUCUCUUCUUUGGCAGAUGGAUUUCCCCUUAA